CCGGCUUAGGAAGCAGUUGCAAAAUGGUGUGCUGCAGGAAGAUUUCGGCUAUGAUUUUACGGAUUAUUGUGUUUUGAACGUAACAUUCGUAAUUAAUGACACGAGAGGUUAAAGGAUACCGGUUGCCUUGGAACUACUACAUUGAUGACAGCUAUACCGGAACUUCUCUUGUAUUCACGAGACCGACAGGACAUUAACAGGAUCCGGUUUCGAAUGACCGGAUGUUAGGCGGAUCCGACUUGGAUGAGAUGUGUUGGGCUCUGGAUUCCGCAGACAAGGGCUUGUUAUCCACGAUCUAUUGAUAUACUGGGGCGAUACAUCGUGUUUAAAUGUAUAGAUAUAUGAUGUAGACUUGUCAGUUGUACAUCUCAUCAAUGUGUGAAGAUAGCAGCAGUCCAAAUAUAGACUUCCAUACGGAGUUACAAUGUCAUGAAUGAAAUUAAUUGACAUCACCAUGAAUACCUCGGCAUUGGAUAUCCUGUACAUCCACGUAUACACGUGAUGGCAUUAUUCUGUUUGUUAAUAUCCAAGGCAGCAUGCAGAAACCAAAAGUUUCGUUCCAACACUGAACAGUUUUAACGAAGUGACUCUGAUUAGGAAAAUUAGAUUUAAAUAGAAGUUUACAGAAGCUCAGAUGUUACAUCCCUACAAAGGAUAGUCGCGAGGCCGUACCACGAUGCAGGAGCCUAACAACGCGAUAUUUCUGGCGAUAGACGUGACUCUCAUGGUCUUAAUAACAAUCCUCAACUUCAUUGUUAUCUUUAUUCUUUUUGCUAAAGCUAAUGUGAGGAAAUCAAAAAACAUUCUUCUUCUCUCACUGGCUUUCGCGGACAUGUUUGUUGGGAUAUUUGUCAUACCAAAUGCCAUCUCUGUUAUGUUUCUCCACGUGAUGUGGGUGGAUGCUGUUUGUAAAUUAUGUUACUACGGCGAGCACGCUGUUUGUGCGGCCAGUGCUUUGUCUAUAUCCGUAAUGGCGAUGGACCGCAUGCGUGCUAUACUUUUCCCUUUCAAAUUCAAAAGUGUACAUCGCUGCUUUCCUUACUUCGCCCUUGGUUUUGUUUGGACAUUGGCUUUACUGUACGCACUGCGAGCUCCCUUCGUUUAUGGUGCCGUGACCAGGAUAUCGGACGUCAGUAACGUUACCAAUACUGAGUGUACCGUCAUGGACAGCCAGUCUGAUGUACAUCAGGUCCUGGUGUAUGUGGACUUUUUCGUACUUUUUCUCCUGCCUAGUACAGUUCUGGUGACGUGUAACGUGGCCGUAUCUAUCAGACUAGCUUCACAACCUAAUAUCCAGACGACGGGACGAACCCGUUUGCUGAUGAAGAGAAGACGAUCUAUCCGACUCCUACUAGCCAUGAUCUUCCUCUUUAUAGGAUGUCAUUUACCAUUGUAUUCCAUUCGAAUCCACCUCCUUAUCGUCGAUUCGGAUAUUCCUUUUAAAGAUAUCAUUGUUCAGUCAUUGCUCAUAUUGUCUUGGUUAAACAGUCUUCUGAAUGUUUUGUUCUACGGUUCACUGAAUAAUGACAUCAAGAGUACUCUCGCAGUGAUGAUUAAAUGUCAGUGUAUGAAACGAGCCAAUAGAAUACACGCGCGCGUGUCGACAGUCAGAACGACACAACGUGCACUUCAACAGUCCGCCAGAGUUACGUCAUCUACUUCUAUAUGAUCCAGCAGCUGGCAUCUUCAAAUGCUUAGAUUUUAAAUCAUGUUGUUUUUUAAUUUAUUAUUUAUAUCGCAAGUUAUAAGUAUUUGUAUAGGCGUUUGUUAUGAAUAUAUCAUUUUUGAAAUUAUGGUGGUUUCAGGAGACAUGU